AUGUUCCGUUGGUCGACAACGGAACGGAAACGGGACCGGGCCGAUAACCCCAACCAAUGGGAUGUGCAGCCGGAUCCCGCCGAACCGCGAUCAACGAUGUUGAGCAUCGUUGAUCUUGGUCUUUCUCCACCACUUCCCUCACCCCCUCGCUUCGAAGCAGCCCCAAAACACAAGAAAAGAAUCGCGUUCACGUCGAUGACGACACACCAAAGCCGCCCCUCCCCUAGCGACAGGGAUGUGGGCUCGGGCACCUCCAUGCCCACCACCACCUGCUUGCCCACCACCACCUGCUUGCCCACCACCACCUGCUUGCCUGCCAUUGCCUGCUUGCCCGCCACCGCCCUCUCACCCAACAUCGCGCGCUCGCCUGCCAUCGCCCUUCGACCAGGCAAAGGAUAG